AGAUCCAUUGUCCGGAGACUAUCAGCAACAACCUACUGUGGGAGAGAACAAACCAGAUCCCAGUGGAAGAAGAAAUCUGGAAGUGCUGGAAGUGGAUAGGACAUAGAUUGAGGAAAGCACCGAACAGUGUCAAAAGACAAGCCCUCACUUGGAAUCCUGAAGGUCAAAGGAAAAGAGGAAGAAAAAAGUACACAUUACGUCGAGAAAUGGUAACAGACAUUAGAAGAAUGAACAAUAAUUGGAUGGAACUAGAAAGGAAGGUGCAGGACAGAGUAGUCUAGAGAAUGCUGGCCGGCGGCCUAUACUCCAUUGGGAGUAACAGGCGUAAAUAAUUCAUUCAUUCAUUCAUUGUUUUAUUCAAAGUAAUAAAUUACUUUGUAAAAAUUAGUAGCUUAGAUACAAUGAUGGAUCCAUAUCCAUGUUUUUUACCCUUUCUUCCCUUAUAUAUCGUUCGAAUCCGAUAAAAUCAACCCGCUCAUUUCAACAUUGAGUAACAUACUACUGAUUUCAAUAAAUAUUUGUAUAUAUACAUACUGAAGCCUAUCUAUAUAUGCCGAUCAUGUCUUUAAGACAUGUAUCUCCAAGAAGCAAAGCACCACCACCACCACCAUCUCUACAACAAUCAAACAGUAUCUCAUCUGAAAGAGAUUACAAUUAUCAUACUAAACAUUCAUAUGAUCUAUACAAUACUACUAAUAAUACUACUACUGAUUAUUAUCUGAUUGAUAAACCAUAUAAACAUAACAAAUCUAAAUAUAACAAUGUUUAUCUAUCUCAUAAUAAAUUAUUCGAUAUAUUAAAUAUUACAAAUGAUAGAAGAAAUCAUCCAUUCUUAAAACAGACUACAUCGAAAUUGGAUACUUCUAUAGAUACCUAUUCAGUUCCAUCCAAAUUGCGUUCAAUGCAGAAUUACGGCGCAAGUGUUUCAUCGGUCAAUAAUUGUACUACCAAUACUGCUACUACUACUACUACGACUACUACUACUAAUAAUAGUAAUAAUAUGAGUAAGGAAUUGUUUGAAAAUUCAAAUUUAAAAAAUCGAUAUUCUAAAUCAAUUCAUUGCCAAUCACCUAUUAUACAUGUACGAAAUCAUAUACAUAAUAUUAGUAACCAUAGUAACAAUAAUGAUAAUAAUAAUGGUACUAUUAAUCAUAAUCGAUUAAAUGAUGGAUUUAAUUUCCUUAAACAUGUUCAUAAAUCAAAAAAAUAUUUAAAUAUACGUCAAUAUUCAAUCAAUAAUUCAUAUGAUGAUGUAAUCAAUUUGAAUAAAUUAACUGAUUCGAAUCAUUAUUUAUGUUCGGGAUUACGUUCACAAGAUAAUUUAUCAUUGAAUAAAUAUGUAUUACCAACCUAUAGACAAGAGAAUUCAUUUGUAAAAUACAUCACUUUGGAGAAUCAUAGUAACAGUAAUAGUAAUAGUACUAAUAGUCUUCAACAACAACAUCGUCAUCAGACGUAUCAACGAAAUCAAAAACAAUCAUUGUUAUUACAAAAUUCCGAUUUGAAUACAUCGAAAUCACAAGUAUUAAAUACUACUACUACUACUACUAACAGCACUGAUAGUAAUCAUAAUCCAUUAUUAACUCGGUCUAUUCAUUAUGAAAUUGAUCAAAAUGACAAAUCAAAAUCAAUAAAUAUCACUACGACUACUACUGCUGGUACAAGUACUACUACUACAACUUCGAUUACUACAACGAAUAGUUCAGUUGACAAUCUAUCAGAUCAUUUGAUCUCAUCAACAAAACAUCUAUCCAAAUUAGUUCCACCAUUAGUAGGACUUAAUGAAAUCAAUGUAAAUGAUUCACAAACAUUACAACAUGAUCUAUGUAUAAGUAGUAGUAAUAAUGACAAUGAUAACGAUGAUGAUCAUGAUGAUGAUGAUGAUGAUCUAAGUAAUCCAUGUCAUAGUCAACGUGAUCAAUCUAUCAAUAAUAAUAAUAAUGAUCUAUUAAUCAAUAAUCAUCAUCAUAAUCAUUGGCAAGAUUCAAUACAAUCCACUUGUUGGUUACCAAAAGUUGCUAUGAAUUCAAAUCGUACAAAAUGUGAUGAAAUUUUAUCAACAAAUUGGAAUUUAUUAACAAUGAAAAAUUGGAAAUCUGAUCAAGAAUUAAAACGUAAAAUGGGUUUACUGAAUCCUCAUCAUCAUAAUAAAUUAGGAGGAGGAGGAUUUUGGUUUCGUGAAAAAGCAUUCAAUCACACAAAAUCAUUUAUUCCUGGUAGACGAAGAAUAGAACAACAACAACAACAACAAUCAAAAGGAAUGUCAUUUAGUGCUAUAGUGAAUCAUUGUCCAUUGAUUAAUCAAUAUUUAUCAUCAAAUAAAGCGUUACACUGUCAAUUCGAUACGGGACCAAUGGAACAAACUGAAAUUUUUAGUUUACCUGAAGCCAAGUCUAAAUUUUCACUUGAUAAUUCGCUUCUAAGCUCAAAUCGAAUUUCUUCAAUACACAAUAUUAAUACUACUAAUAAUACUACUAAUACUACUACUACUAAUAAUAAUAAUAAAAAGGUUAAAAAUACCAAAUCUCUCAUACAAUCUAAUAAUGAUUCAAUGGAUGAUUUCAAUAAAACAAUCAAAUGUAAAUUCAAUCAAUUACAAUCAGAUACAAAUGAUACACCCUUAUCAUCAUUAUUAUCUAUUCAAAAUACACAACAUUUUAUAACAAAAUACCCAGAUACUAAAUUAUAUUUAAAUGAAAAAACCCCAGCAACAACAACAACAACAAUAAUGCAUGGGUCAAAUGUGAUUCAACAAUCAAAGGAUAAUCUCUCUUUAAAAAUCAAUCAUCCUAAUGAAUAUACACCAUCAUUAUCAUCAUCAAGACGAUAUCAACAUAGUCAACAAUGCACUCAUCAUAGUGAUUAUGAUAAUGGAAUACAAUUGAAAGAUAUUUCAAAUCGUGAAUUAAUUAUACCAUUGCAUACUACUACUACUAAUACUAAUACUACUAAUACUACUACUACUACUACUACUAAUACUACUACUACUACUAAUAAUAAUAAUAAUAGUAAUGGUAAUCAAUUAUGUACCGAUGAUGUAAUAAGGGAUAAAUUCAAAGAAAAAUCAAUAUUAAUUGAAUCACAAAAAUUAAAUAAUAAUCAACAACAAAAUGAUAAUGAAUUAAUAAAAUUUAAUGGAAAAAUUAAUAUACCAAUGACACCACAUACUGCAUUAAAUAUAUAUGGCAAGAAAUUAACAUCAUAUGAAAAGGAGGAAAUAUUGAACUUUAACAAAAUCUGGUAUCUUGGUUUAUCUGCACAAAAAAUCGAUGCCAUUCAAGGAUCUCCAAGUAAUCAUGGUUAUGAUGAUGAAACUGGUGGUUAUUUAAAAAUAACCCAUGAUCAUAUCGCUUAUAGAUUUCAAACAUUGGAAACUUUGGGUAAAGGUUCAUUUGGUCGAGUGAUACGAGCUAUUGAUCAUAAAUCAGGAUUUCCAGUUGCAAUAAAAAUUAUUCGAAAUAAAAAGAGAUUUCAUCAGCAAGCUCAAGUGGAAGUAGACAUUUUAGAGAAUUUAAAAAAAGCUGAUCAUAAAAAUAUUCAUAAUAUUAUACAUAUUAGAGAUCAUUUUACAUUUCGAAAUCAUUUGUGCAUUGUUUUCGACUUAUUAGGUUCAAAUUUAUAUGAUCUUUUAAGAAAAAAUGAUUUUCGUGGUUUCACAAUUCAUUCAUUGAAAAAAAUCACAAUUAAAUUACUCAAUUGUUUGUGUUUAUUAAGAAAACAAGGUAUUAUACAUUGUGAUUUGAAACCAGAAAAUAUUCUUAUUGGUUUAAAUAAUCCAUCAGAAUUAAAAGUUAUUGAUUUUGGUUCAAGUUGUUUUGUAAAUCAAAAAACCUAUACGUAUAUUCAAUCACGUUUUUAUAGAGCACCAGAAAUUAUAUUAGGUAUAUCUUAUGGUCCACCAAUUGAUAUGUGGAGUUUAGGUUGUAUUCUACCUGAAUUAUAUACAGGUCGUCCAUUAUUUCCUGGAGAAAAUGAAAAUGAACAAUUGGCUUGUAUUAUGGAAGUACUUGGUUUACCAUCUGAAUUACAACUUGAAAAAGCCAGUAGACGAAGAGUAUUUUUCGGCAAGACAAUUUCAUUAAUUUUUCAAUGUUUACAGUUGUGUUUUUGUCUUAAUCCUUUAUUUCAGUUAUACACAUAGAUACUUCCUCAGUAUCAUUGAGAAUUGGUUCACAAUUGAUAUUUAUUGAACAACUGGCAGUCGGCUUAGUGGUCUAAAUGUUAAGCGUUCGCGCGCGAGACUGAAGGCCUUGGGUUAGAAACCCAUUAGCGGGAUCAUGGAUACGCACUGCAGAGUAAUCCAAUCAAUAGGAUGAAACGGGCGUCUAGUGCUUUCAGGUUUUCAAUGGUGGUCCAACAUCAAUCGGUUAAUGAUCUCAAUCAAUCAUCUCUACAACCCCAUACUAAUCAUGAUGUAAUCUUAAGUGUAUUACUGAAAAUACAUAUAUCUUAAACUGGUAUAUUCUAUCGUUUACAUACUUUAACUGUGAUGGUGGAGAAGAUUUGUAGCUUAAGUGAAUGAUUUUGAUCGAGUUUUGUUCUCUGAGCUGGAUGGUUUAUUCUGAUGAUGUCGUUCAGAAUAACUAUGAAAGCUCCAUGACUAAACCAUUCAGCUCAGAGAACAAAACUUCAUCAAAACACUUUAAUUGUGUAGAAUCGUGUUUUCUUUAUAGAAAUAUCUCAAACUUCAGUUACUCAUCGAAAAACGCUGACCUUGUUUACAAUCUCUGAUAAUGUUUAUAGUACUGUAGUAAACAAAGAAUUUAAGUGGGAAUAGAGAACUUUUUCUUUAACGUAAAAUUGAAGAGCAUCUUCUUAGAAUAUGGAAACCAUACAUUGAGUAGAUCAUUUGCACAUCUUCCAUCAGUUGCCUCUUAUAAGCUUCAUCGUUAUUUCAAUACCAAUACUCUUUGUUUAUAGUUCUGUUGUCUUCGAUUCAAUCUUCUCAUUCUUCUAAUACCAGGCAUUCUACUUCUAAUUGGUGUUACGUUCUACUUAUAUCUGUCAAUAUAAGUAGCAUACUCCGUAGUACUACAUCAUGGAAGAUUUUUUGAUAGUGUCUCAUAGUGUUACUUAUUGAAGUGGAGAAUGGAGACAUAAGGCUUGAUCUUGAAGAUACAUUCAAACUAAAGAUGGCAUUAAGCCAUGAACUUUUAUCAAAUAAAUAUAACGUUUUAUUGCUGAAUUAACAUCCAAUAAUCUACAUUUGCAAACUCAGUAUUUGAAACUCGAUUUGGUGUAAGGUAAAUGAUUUGCAUAUUGUUGAUUAGUCGGCUCCUAAAUGCCCUUGUACGGCCGAGAGUAGGGAAAGUCAACUGUCCCUCUCAAAAUGCUCUUACAUGGCCACGCGUAUACAGCCAUUGUCAGCGAAGUCCUGCUCACUGCCUUCUCGCGGCAUUACUGUUGUUUACAUAAUUGAGAGGACAAAAACUGGGUUGGAGGACACGAACAGUCCACCUAUGGGAGUUGGAAAACUGUGAUCCUAUAUCAAUGGUGCACUUGGGCUCCAGUAUUCUGAAGGAACAAAUGGUGUAUGAACCAAUCGUCGAUCACCGUCUAGCAUGGGACUGUAUCUCCAAACGUUGCUCCACUAACUUAUGGAUCAGAGCUUUAGGUCGAAGGCUCCAGGUGUGGCCCUCUAAGAAAACCACCUGCUUCGGUUUGGAAACCCGGAUAGUAAUCCAGCCCUCAAACAAGUCGAAUGACGAAUUGUGGCGCGUAUCUAUUUGGUGCUUCGUUGUAUCAAUGUUUAUGUGUUUAAAUAAAUAGAAUAAAAAUGUCGAUUGUACAACUAAGAGUCAUUGUCUAAGUGACAUUUCAAUUCAGUUUAACCUUCCUUUCACCUUAAGAUCUUAUUUCAACUAAUUCGGUUAUGAUUAAGAUCAUGAAUCGAUUGAUGCUAAACUAUCAUUGAAAACUUGGAAGCAUUAGAUGACCGUUUCGUCUUGGUAGUAAAGGACUUCUUAGCAAUGAAUAUUCAUGAUCCUGCUCACGGGAAUCGAACCCAGAGCCUUCGAUGUUACACACGAACGCUUAACGUUUAUACGGUUGAUUCGGCAUCUAACAGUGAUAAUGUCAUCGAGACUCCUAAGAAUUAUCAUUCACAUUCUCAAAGUAAAAAACCAAAAAUCGUUGUUUCUUUUCUAUUUCAGAUUCAAAACGUACACCAAGAUAUUUAACCAAUAGUCGAGGACGUAAACGUAUACCAGGCACAGAAACAAUAGAAAAUCUAGUCAAAACGGUUGAUUUAAAAUUUAUCAAUUUAUUAAAUCAAUGUUUAACAUGGGAUCCAGAUGAAAGAAUUACACCAAAUGAAGCUUUAAAUCAUGAAUGGAUUAUACGUGAAACUGAACAAUCUAAACAAAAUGUUACAUUUCAAACAUUGGAACAAACUAAUUCAGAAAAUAAACAGAAAGAUACAAUUGCUUAAAUCACUAUAUCUAUCACUAUUGAUAUUGAUAUAAAUAUGUAGUACAAAUAUACGUUAACCUUGACAACAACUAACCAAUCAAUGAAUUAAUCAUUAAGAAGAGAUUCAAUCUGUGAAUAAUACACUUUAUACAUAAAUUUUUUCAAUCAUAUUUUAUAUUGGUAUCAUUUGAAGAAGGUAUAUUUUAUUUUAGCUUUCCGAAGAAAUUUCAAGAUACAUAACUUCAGUUUACAAACUAUAUCAAUCUUUCUCCUCAAUUUAAUAUCCAUCUCACAUUAUCACUAUAUUCUUUGUUAUAAGAUAAUCUGUAGUGUGUCUAACAAACAGCUUUCAAUUUAUAGUUAAGUUGUAAAUUGUAGUGUCGUCUACUGUGUCAAGACCACAUAGCUUAUUCCGGUUUCCGGAUAAACCAGUUUAUUCAUUCUUCUUGAGUUAUAUUUUGACCUUGUCAAUUAUUCGCUUAUCAACUUUGACUGUAUGCAUAUAAGCCUAGGUAUAUGCACUUUUCAUUCUAUUCAUCACAUGUCUGUAACUUAUUUUUAUUGAUUAAUGCUUGAUGAAAUGGAGUUGGCUCACACCAUCUUCACCGCACGUCAUUUCGUUUCGUUCUCUUCUCUUCGUUCCCCUUUUUCUUCAAUUUCUUCGCUUCGUCCUUCUGAUUGUCUGUCCAGAUCAUUGAGUGUACAAAGUAUAUGUAUUCAAGCAUCCAUUCUCUUAUUUGAUUUAUUUAAUUCCGUUAUUCACUAACGCGAGUUAAGUCAUGAGUAUUGGUGACGUGCAUAUUGCAAUAGCAAUCAGAUCCAACCUAAUUAGAGUCAGAAUAAUAGCCAUUAAAAAGUAAAUAUUGCUCGCAUCUGCUGGGAUCACUGGGUAAGUAAUAGUGAGGUUAGACGCAGAGUAUUAGGGAAUGUCGGUAAAUCAGUUGAUGAGGUUGUAAAUCUUCAUCGAAUGAGAUAGUUGGGCCACGUGUUGUGUAUACCUGAGAACGGAUUACCAAGGCGCUCAAUGAUGAUUUGUGUUGGAGGAUGGUUGGAAGAAUGUUAGGGGUGGCCAAACCAAAACGUGGCCUCAGUACUUGAGGCUAUUGACUUCCGGUAUGAGCCAUGUUGGUAGAUGCGAACUACUUGGUUGGGGUCCACGUGAUUAUUGUAACCAAUGGUUGGAGACUGUGUGUGAUAUGACUCAGAAUCGAUCACAAUGGCGUAGGUAUAUACACUCUUCCUUUCUUUCUACGAACUAAUUCUUUUGUCCUUUACUAUGUCCUUACACACAAUCUUGUUGUGCUGAUGGGGUAUGGCAACUUGGACCGAUGAGCAUAUGUGCCUGGUCCUACGUUGUAGCUGACUGACUGACUGACUGACCAUUAAAAAUUCUAUGUAUUAAGCAAAUGCAUAUGAAUAAAAAUCUUUCAUCCGAUCAUUCCAUUCUGAUUUCCUUUCUCUUUUUCUUCUUAUUCUCCCUAACUUAGGUACUUUUCAACUAUUUUGUUCAAUCAAUUACUCUUUCUAUUUAAUACAAGCAAUAUGUAAUCAAUCCACAGAACUGUUAAUAUAGCUACAUGAUGAAGGGUGAUGCUAUCAAUGUCAAGAAAAUUCUAAUUCUAAUUCAACUAUGUAUUAUUUGAUAUUAUAAAGUAUGUUAUUUGACUUAUUAUUUUCUGGUUAGCGCUUUCUUCAGCGGGUUAGUUUACUACGGGAUAGGGUUGCUAACCUCAUGCCUAACCGUCCUCGUUUAUCCGGGCUUGGGAUAGACAAUAGCUCCAGAGGGACUCCAGGUGUAGUUAUAAAUUAUGUUAUAUAAAUGUAAUCUUGUAAUACUGAAAAAGUGAAGAACUGGUGAUAUCAGUUAUCCUAUCUGCUACAUACAAUUAGCUGAAGAGUUUAGGAUUCGAAUCAUUGAGUUCAACGGUUCGAACUUCCUUCUAUUUUUUUUUGCUGGUGAACAGCUUAUAGAGAUAUUUGACUUUAAUAAGUAGUAUAUUGUUUUCUUUAAAAUCAUGAACUGAUCUGAGUUAGACUUCCACUUAAAACCUAGAAAUACUGGGAGGUUGUUUCGUCAUACUAUUGAACUCUCAAGGAAAGCUCGUCUACGACCACACAACUAUAGAUUGAGCCCAGGGCUUAUGGUUCCGUGUAAGAACACUCAAGCUCAAGACCAUUGAGCCAGGAACUAUGCCACCUAAGUGGCAUAGAAGUUCAAACACAGAACAUCAUAUCCUGUGUUUGAUCCACGUGUGGGGCUGUGAAUGUGCAACACUUGAUUAUUCACUAGUACGACGAAAUGGUCAUCCAGUACUCCCAGGUUUUCAGCUGAAGACUAACAUUGAUCGGUUCAUGAUUUCAUAGAAAUUCAAUAAUAAUAAGAUCCCAUUGGUUAUGAUUAAGUUAUAGGUUUUUUUAUAGACUGCUGACUCAACCAGUAGGAUAAAACUGGACACACAUCUGUAUUGAAUUAGAUAACAGGUAUAUUCAAUCAAUAGUAAUUGUAAUGAGUUAGGAUUUUCAGGUUUUGACAAGGAAAUUUUCCGCCGUUAAAUGAAUGAAACGAAUACUGAUCGAUAGAUGAAAUUUAGUCAUAGGAUUUGGCCGGGCGAUGAUUCUUAAAGAGAACGAAUUACUAACGGGAUUCCUCUGUCUCCAUAAUUGAACUGUUAUCAAUAGCCAGCUAACCGACAGACUAGGUUGUUUUUACGUAACAGAUUAACAUUUUGCAUAAAAAUAUUGAUAGGAAAAUAAACAUGAUUUAAUGUUACUGGGGAGGGGAGGAAAUGGGAGGGAGUGGAUUUUUUAUAGGUCACUUGUAAUCUUCAACCAAUUAAGAGUAUCAGAAGGGGUUUUGUGGAGAUUUUAGAAAUUUUACUGGUUGAAAUCGUGAGUCAGUUGAAGCUAGGCCACCAUGGGAAACCUGGAAGCACUGGACGGCCGUUUCGUCCUAGUGUGGGACUCCUCAGCAGUGCGCAUCCAAGACCACGCCCCCGCGAGAUUCGAGCCCAGUACCUAUCCGUCUCGCGCCAGGCGCUUAACCAACUAGACCACUGACCCGGCAGUGAGUUGAUAUCUCACAACAGACUUGGUUUAACUCCAGUGUUUACAAGUUUUCCAUGGUGGUCUAGCUUCAAUUGACUCAUGAUUUCAACCGAUUAAGAGUAUGCCAAUAACAUCAGAUACUAAAACAAAGUUUAGAGUAUGAAUUCAUCAUAAACACAAUUUGUUCAACUAGAAACGUGAUUAACAAACAUAUAAGCUACUUGAUCCAAUGUAUCGAUACUACUUAUAAAUAGUUCUUGGUUAGACUCUGUUAUGAUCGUUAUUAUUGUCAGUAGUAUUAGUAGUAGUGUGGUGUAUGCUAUUUAUGACGACAUACAUACGUAGUAUACAGCAUCAAUCAGAAGUAGAAUGCCUGGCAGUAGAAGGUUGAGAAGAUCGAAUAGAAGAGAACGGGAAUGUAAACAGAGAGUAUUAUUAUAAUAGCAAUGAAGGAACUAUGAAUGGUGGAUUUACAAAUGAAGUAUUUGAUGUAUGGUUUUCACAUUUAAUGAAAAACUUGGUAAUUUUGUAUUCAACAACGAAUUGGUUCUCCCCACCUGAGUGUUUGUUGACUACAGUAGUCAUAAUAUUGGGUGCUUAUGAUCAUUGAUCCUAAUCUCUGGUUACAUAGUAACUAAUGCAAAUGAAUCACCUAGUGAAUAAUAUUUUAACGUACACAGUGAUAAGUAUUGAUUUUAAGCUUCAUUUUGAAGUUUAAAUUAGAAGUGGAAAUGUAUCCUUGAUUCUAGUUUGACCUACAAAGAAUCUGUGACGUUCAAUAAUUUGAAGUUACCGUCAUUUGAUUAAAGUUUUAUUUCAGUUUAUGCUUUGUAUCAAACGCUAUUUUCAAUAAUAAGGGAACUGAAUCAAUAUUACCCAAUGUCAAAGUCAGUCUUGUAAUGAAUCGUAGAUUCUCAUUGAUUAGGAGUCCCACAAUAGGCCGAAAAGGUCAUCCAGUUCUUCCAGACUUUGAAUGGUGGUCUAACAUCAAUCGGUUAAUGAUCUCAAUCAAAAACUAAGUCAUCAUCUCUAAAACCCCAUUCUGAUUGUAAUGAAAAUGUUCUAUACUGACGAUUAUGACCUUGUUAGAUUUUAUCUAGUUGUCAAUCAAUUAGAAUUCAUGUGGGAUGAACAAGUGAUUUACAAGAAGCAACCCAAAAUAUAAGAAAAUAUGUAUGCCUGGGAAGGAGGAUCGCAUGCAGACGUAAAGGCGAGGAUUAGCAGAGCAUUCUUUCAAUUGAAGAACAUAUGGAACUCACAAAAGCUGUCUGUGAACCAAUAAUAAUAUGAACGUCAAGACAAUGCUAUUGUACGAAGCUGAAACUUGGAGAACUACCACAACCAUCAUCAAGAAGGUUCAAGUAUUUAUAAAUAGUUGUCUACGCAAGAUACUCAACAUCCAUUGGCCGGAUAUCAUUAGCAACAGCCUACUGUGAGAGAGAACAAACCAUGUUCCAACUGAAAAGGAAAUUAGGAUAAGACGUUGGAAAUGGAUAAGACAUACAUUAUGGAAAUGACCAAACUGCACCACGAGACAAGCCCUGACUUGGAAUCCUGAAGGAAGGCGGAAAAGAGGAAGGCCAAAGAACACAUUACGUUGGGAAUCGGAAGUAGACAUGAAAAGCAUGAAAAGCAAUUGGAAAGAAGGAUUUCUCAGGCCAGGGUUGGACCUAUGGUCGACCUAUGCUCCUCUAUGAGGAGUAUUGUAUUUCACAAACAUCCAAAUAAAAUGACUGUUGAAGCAGUUCGAUUAAAAUCAAUCAACAUGGAUACAAUGACAAGAGUAUUGAUUUUAAAUCUUGUUGUCAACUUGGAAUAUUCUAUUUAACUAUAUUUAAUACUCUACUGAACCCCUUUCUAUUGUAUAUAUCAGGAUGAUACUACAUAUAUCUUCAUCUAAGUAUAUAUCUGUACUGACGACUUCGGGCUAAACUGUAUCACCUCAUACUAGAUGACUUCGUGAAUCAAAGUCUAAGUUUCAUCUUUUUUUUCGUACUUGAGAUCUAUUAAUUGAAAGAGGAAUGAUUUUUCAUUAUGAGAUUAGAACGUACAUUGAUCGAUAAAACUAAAUAAGCGCUAAACAGAUUCAACAAACAAACAAACAAACAUAACCAUCAAUCACUUCGAUUCACAAUUGUAAUUAUCACUUGUUCUAUGUUCAUUCUGUUUAUUGAUUCACUGGUUCCAGUCAAUAUCUUUAACUAUCUAACAAAUCAAUAUCAUGUAUCGAAUGACAAGUCGUUAUGACAAGACUAAUGAGAAUACUGAUUGCAAAUUGAUCAAUAGAAUUUGAUGGUAACUAAGGGAUAAAUAAAACUCAUGAUCUUAACCAUUGAAAUUACUAUAUUAUUCACAAAAACCUCUUCUGAUACUAAUCAACAUAUGCUCACUAGUGACUGUCUUCAAGAGGUAUAUCCGUUGCAUGCCCGCUCAGUGAUCUAGUGGUUCAGUGUUCGCGUGUGAGACCGACAGGUCCCGGGUUCGAAUCUCGCGGGGUGAGGAAUCGUGGGUGCGCACUGCUGAGGAGUCACACGAUAGGACGAAACAGCUGUCUAGUUCUUCCAGGUUUUCCAUGGUGGUCUAGCUUCAAAUGACCCAUUGUAAAUAAAUAUGACACAAAUUACUCACUCAAAAUUUAAUUUGAAUAAUAACGUCAUAAUCUGUUAAAGUGGACUGGAAAAAGUUCGAGUCCGACAAUCACAAGUAAGUUUUUUGUUGUUAGGGAUGCAGAGGAAUAUACCAAUAAUGAUCAUGUUAAGUCUAACGGUGACCUUAGACUUUAAAUGCACACUCCUUAUUGGUCGAUAUUUAUUUCACUCGUUAAAUAUUGUGUAAAUGUUGUUUUCUAUUUUAUGGUACGAUGUGGUUUGUUUGUUUGGUAUAUAAAUAGAGUAUGUUUGAAAUAUAACGAUUCAUAACUCAGAGGCUGAGACUUGUGUUCUGGACUCAACUGGCUGGGUUAGGUAGGGAAGCGGAACCAAUCGGGACUCUAGGUCGUUCAUUACGUGUUUACGUGUCACUGAAUCGAUCGAUAAAACGCUGCUAUCAAAACCUGCAGUCACAACACGUUACAACAUUUGUAGAGGUGAGUAUUGAUUAGCUCAAAAUCUAUAUCCAAUGAGGAUUGUCUUUAGAAUCAUUCCAACCACUUAACAUAUAUAUAUAUACAAUAUCUAAUGAGAAAACGAUUAGAUACUAAUGACGAACGAUAAGGAUACUUGUCAACAACUGAGACAUAGAAAAUAGUUUUC